AGACUGCACGCUCCACACCUCAGCUCGCGCUCAGCCGCACCUCUCAUUUGUUUCACAUUUAAAAAGAAAAAAUUCAUCCGAGGCUUUUUUUUUUUUUUUCGGACUAAAAUUUUAUUCCUUUUUUUUUCUUUCUUUCUUUUUCUUUUUUUUUUUUUUAAGCCUCGCCAUUUCUGUUUCCUGCCAAAAGUGUCGCGACCGUUUUCAUUGGAUUUGCCUCCUCCUGUCGAAUAAUAACGAUGCGCCUCUCCGGCUGACUGCGCGGCGGACACCGCAGGUCCCCCAUGUGAGAUCUGCAAAGCUGAGAGGCGCCACUGACAGAACCACAGCCAGGCCUUAGGACAGACAUCCCAAACAUCCACAGCCACGGAAUGUGUCAACAUCUUUGUGGUGAAAUCCCGCUGACUCCUCGCUUGCUACUCGCAUAAGCCUGGAGCCGGGCCUUCUGGGAUCCUACGGUGUUUAAAGGCAUACAACAAUGCCUGGGAGGCCCACCUGCCCCAGAUUGCCUCCAACCAUGGUUGCUGUUUGGCCACACUGCUGACUGUGCCCACUAUACAGAGGGUUUACAUCAAGCAACCGCAUCCUUCAGCCCUCCCCCUCCCCACUCAGUGCAAUUGCCUGCCCUGUUUUUGGUAUUUAGGAAGUACAUGCCACUGCUGGCCAGAUGACCUAGUGGACAUUUAUUUCCCAGUAGCAGUGCUGAGCCAUACGAGGGGAUCCUAGUAUUGAACAUGACUCAUGGGGAGGAGCCUGGCCCUGAGACACACAAGGAUUCAGCUGUUCUAACUUAUCUGGAAGGUUUACUGAUGCAUCCAGUAGUGGCCGGGCCUGGGGCCACGGCGAGCGGGAGGUCCGAGGGUGCCCACAGCAAUCAGGAGCAGGGUGACAAGGUGGGCGGGUCCUUCCAAAUGCCCAACCAUGGCCCCACAGCUCCCAAGGCUGGAACUAAUGGGCCCACACUAGGUUCUUCGCAGCACCUGAAGAAGGCCCGCUUACUUCGCUCCGGAGCCUGGAAUGAUCCGGGGAGCCAGCGGAUGAGUUCACCCCCAAUGGAGCUGAAUGGCCAAGGGGGAGGCCUGCAAAAUGGAGCACUAGAGGGAUCUCCUCACGCUGGAGAGAGCACCCUGUUGGCUUCCCUGCUUCAGUCAUUCAGCUCACGGCUUCAGAGCGUGGCGAUGUCUCAGCACUCUAAUAAGCCCCCCAGCGAGUGCUCCUCUCCAUCCAAGGCACCCCCUGCAGACAAAGAGCCACUUCCUGUGUAUGGGACAGCCUCAAGCCGCUUAAAGGGCCUGAUGAGGAAGAGCAAACUUCAAAAUCACAGCAACACCCCCUACAGUCGCCGGGGACACAGUCAGGACCGACCCCCAGAAUCUCCCCGGUCAGCACACAGCGCUACACCUCCUGCCGCUCCUGCAACUGCUGAGUCCGUGUCCUGUGCGGAGCGUCUGAAGGCGGUGGCCAACAUGGUGAAAAUUCGUUCUAGUCCCGCACCUUCACCCAAGCCCAGCGUGGCCUGCAGUCAACUGGCCCUGCUGCUGUCCAGUGAAGCCCAUCUCCAGCAGUACUCCAGAGAGCAUGCACUCAAAGCCCAGCUCUCAGGAAGAUCUGCCAGCGAGAGACUAGCUGCUAUGGCAAACCAGCAGCAUGGCCAGGACAAAAGGCCACCGAGUGUGGGAGGGACUCUACCAGGAGCCGCCGACACACUAAGCUCCUUAACAACCCAAAAUGGAAUGACGACAACAACCACAAUAACAACAACACUCCCUCGAACGGCUCUGUCCAGUCCACAGAGCCCCUCUUUGCUGCGUGGCCACAGCCAAAGCUCCCCGCCCACUCCCCCUCGUGUUCCCAGCCACACUCACAGCCAGCCGCCCAGAGAGAAGCGAGCCUUUGACUCACGUCCAACUCGGCCCCCCCAAACAUGCAGCAGCUUACUUCUGCUGCUGCUGAACAACCACAACAACCAGAAGCAGCUGACCAAGAAUGGACACCUAGAGGACAGCUGUGGCAUCUUGCCGCCCAGCGGCUCCUCCUCCGUCACAUCAGACAGUGAAUGCUCCACACAGGAGAGGAGCCUGACCAAGGACAGUAGCGAUGCAGAGAGUUCCUACUCUAGUUGCUCUCCUAUUGACCUCUCCAUGAGAAGCCGUGUCAACAUACAAGACACAGGGCCCAAAACUACAACCCCCUCCUCCACCUCCACCUUCUCCUCCUCCACCACGGUGUUUUCCUCCACCCCAGUUGCAUUCUCUCCUCAAGCUUCUGCUCAGCCAUCCACCACAACCUUUUCACCAUCCUCUACUGCUGUCUCCUGUGUCUCCACUGCUCUUUCUUCAUCCUCCUCCUCUUCUAUCUCUACCUCUUCCCUGGACAAACUAACAGAAUCCUUAAUAAACAAGUGGAAGCCAGAGCCAUCAGGAUCAAAGGUGUCCAAGAACAAGGAGCCUGAAAUGAGCCCAGACCUAAAGUCCCACCCUAAGCUCACGCUCAUGCAGCUCCUCCUUGAGCGCAGAAAUAACGAGAUGGUUAAUAAAAGCGUAGGGAACCAAGAUUUGCCGCUUGAUAUCACUAUGGCAACCAUGUCUCGAACCCAGCAGAAGGGACUGGUGCCUUGGGAAGAGACCAGGACAAAAAGCCCCGUAGACAGACCAGUAGCCCCGGCCCAGCCCCUCUACCCUGCUAGUCGUGACCCAAGUGGCGCAUUAUCCCCAUAUUCCUAUCCCUCCCCCCAUGUCCAGUCCAGCCCAUUGGAUUUGUGUAAGUCUAAAGCCUUCCCUGCUGAGAAAGCUUCAGAGCCUGCUUUCAGUGCCAGUAAACUGUUACAGAAUCUGGCUCAGUGUGGCACAGCUUCGUCCUCCCCACCCAUCCCCUCUGGCAAAGGGCUGGGCCAGGAGGUGGAUGCCAACAGGCCCCUUGCCCUUUUGGAAAGGCUCAACGCUCCGAUCCACAGGACCACCACCACCACUCCGCUCUCCGACGGAGCGUCAGGCAGUGGCACACCUUUCAGUCGGAAGGAAGCUUCUCCUCCUUCGUCACAAAUUGAGAACCUCUUAGAGAGGCGCACUGUGCUGCAGCUCCUUCUGGGAACAGGUUCAGCUACUGCUACAGUCAGCCGCAAGGAUCGACCCAGUGGGAGUGGCAGGAGGAGUGUAGAGGUGGCAGGGGGAUGCUAUGAGAAAAGCCCCGGUGCCUCCAUCAUCUGUGACAGCUCCAAUGGUCCCCCUUUGGAUAUAAAGGUCAAAUCGGAGCUCACAGAAGAGGUAGGACCAUCCUCUGCCGUGUCUGAGGAUUUGAGUGGCAGAAAGAGACUGAGUGGCUAUGAGAAAAAUAGCCCCCUCUCCGAUUCUCAGCAGGACUUAAAAACAGAACCACGGCCUGCAGAGGUCAUAGCAAAAUACGGCCUCCUAAGCCAGCUGCUUAAGCAACAGACUGCUACCUACUAUACCAGUGCUGCUAUGCAGGCUGAGUCCCAGCCCAGACAGGUUAAAGAGGAACAGCGGGAGUAUCCGAGCCCCAGUCCUAAGAAAAGACGCCUGUGCUCUGAUCAGACAGAUAGUUUUAAUAAUAUCAGCUCUCAAAGAGUCGUGGAACGCGGUGACACAAACAUUUUUGCCUCUUCUGCUGUUCAGCUCGAGUCUGACCAGCAGAGGAGUCUGAAGGAAGAAGAGGCUCCACCGAGGAGCCCACCAGGCGAAGGCCUCACCAGAGAGAGCCGCGGCUUCAACGUGCUAAAGCAGCUGCUGCUCUCUGACAACUGCCUGAAGGAGCUGUCCCAGCAGCCCCGGGGGGCGCCCAGUCCGUCCGUCCUGCAGGCCAACGGCAAGGCCAAUGGCAGCAUUCUCAGUCAGCCUGCCCAUAAUCACAGCUUCCUCCACCUGCCCAGCUGGCAUCCCCAUGGUUCCCUCAACUCAGGGCUUCCGAGUAAUCUCAGACCACUGCCCACCCCCCCUGCAGGCGACAGCCCUAUCUGCACCCCCUGGAGCCGCCACCCAGCUCCGUGGCCUGUCGCUCAGAAACGGGACCCCCCUACUCUAGUCAAGCAGGAGCCUGAGAGCCCUGUGCGGUGGAGUAGUCAGGAAAACGAAGAGGACGAGGAGGAGGGGUGUGACUCAAACCCAGACUCUCCGCGACUCUCACGUUCCAACCCCAUCCUGUAUUACAUGCUGCAGAAGGGCAGCAUUCAGCUGAGGAGGGAGGUGAGGGAGCAGGCCGAGGGAGCCCAGGCUGUGGUCAGAGUUAAAGAAGAGCCAAUCAGUGACAUGCAUGCCUAUGAACGCAGUCUGAGCUCCACCCCUCAGUCGCCGACCCACAACGACAAGCACAGCCACGAGAGCCAGGGGCUGAGCCAGUCGUCUGACUAGAAGUUGUAUCAACUACAGAAACAUACAAAGCUGAAGCAAAUCCAUUGACUCUUUCUAUUGUUUUGUUUUUCUCUCUUUUCUUUUUUUUUUCAUUUUUAAUGACUUGCCAAAUUGGUUUGAUGAGACAAAUAACAAAGAAUGCAAAAAGAUUUUUAGUGGAAUAGAGCAAGUUCAAGUUCAAAUGCACAUUUGCAUUGCUUUCUCAAUUUUACAUAGUGAGGUCAUGGAAUGGUUCAAAAACAGGUCUGUCUGAGCAACACGAUGAAUUGAUUCAACCAAAACUGUGCAACUGUCACACACACACACACACACACACACACACACACACACACACACACACGUAACCUUUCCCAUCAUGCCCUGCAUAUUUCACUUUGUUAAUUAGGGGGUCCUCCUCCUCUACAAUUCGCUCUUGUUUUACUAUUUGUAUCUGAAUUGUACACAUAUCACGAUUCCAUGUCCUCUUUGUUGCCCACCAUAAAACAUUUAGAAAGAACAUUUCAAGCAACAUUUAUUAUUGAUGACUCCAAAAAUGUUAGUGCUCAGUUCAGUGGACAUUUAUUUAUUUUCUCCAUAGACAGAGUCCCAUCAAUUUUAGAUAAGAUUCCAAAUAAAGUCAUUCUGGGGCAGUCACAGCGGUCUAUUACAACAAUGUACAUGAUGAAUUCAUUCAAAGGAGGACCUUGAAAACAACAUUCACACUGCAGUAGCUUCAGUGAGGAUCCUACCAUGAUGAAUGCUUUGUCUUGCUUUUUUCCUCGAGAUUCACGGUGUGGCAUAAUUACCGACGGAGAAAGAAUCUAUCACUGGAGGUUCGAAUGGUCACAACUCAUUGUGUUUUGCUUUUAUUUGAAUUGAACGUUUAAGGCCAAUAUUCGACAGUGCAAAUUCAGGGUGAUGUGUUUGCAGAUUGUGCAGUUUUAAGCAGAUGGGUCAACAGAGCGCGUGCGGUGCUUACAGUUGAGUGUAAACAGGUUUCUGGAGCAACAGCUAAAAGGCUGCAGCGCCUCAGAAACUUAUCUCUACCAUCCUGGGUAAACCCACUCCACCGUUCUUCAUGCACACAAAACCUUUGAGUGUGAAAAGGAUUUUAAAAAAACAAAAAAAACAAAGCGAGGGCCCAGAGUUUGCACUAUCGAAGCUGAGAUGUUGGUGUCCUUUUCAGAAUAAUUUAAUGGCAUGUAAUAAAAAAAUGUCAGUAUUGUUAUCUGUUGAGAAUUUGACAGUUUGUGAUUUUUUUUUCUUCUUCAUUUCCUAACUGUUGUGGUUUAUGGACAUCUUUUAUUUUUUUUGUGGCAGUCUCUUAACUCAUAAAAAGUCAAAAGAAUUGCAUGAUAAUAAAGAGAAGACCACAGGUACAUCUUUGUUUUCAGAGCAGCUGGAUAUGUGUACCUGCCCCCCAACAAUCACCAAGACCUGUUGGUGUCUUGAGGGAUAUCUGGUAUCUAGCUCCUUCUUUUUUGAUUGUACUGUAUUCUUUUCGGUUGAUUUCACACACUGCUUUAUCCAUCUAGUCUUGUGAUCUUUUUAAUACAUAUACCUAUGAAGUACGUCUCUUCGAUUAUUAAUACAUUUUCACAAUGGUUAAAUAUAUUUGUGUAAAUAGUACUUUCAGUAUGAAAGAUGACUAUUUUGUAAUGUUUAAGAAAAGAUAUUACCCUAGUUUUUAAUGCCCUGAUAUGUAAAUAUGAAUUAUAUGCGUACAAGUGUACAUACAAAGGCAGAGGAUGCUAUGCCCAUCUUUUUUCGGUUGGUUUGUUCUUUGCAUGUGUCUCUAUGUGGUAAAUGAUAAUCUAUCCUGCGCUGUGUUGUGUAAUAAUGUCUGACUCUCCUCACUGCUGCCUGUUGCAUGCAGACGCAUGGGAACUACCUGUGUAUCCCUACUGGUGAUGGGGGAAAAUGUCAAGUCUUAAAAUAGGUCUUUUUUUUUAUCACAGAGAGCGAGAGAGAGAGAGAGAGAGAGAGAGAGAGAGAGAGAGAGGUCGGUUUAGAAUACGAGCAGUCUCUAAAUAACCACAGACUGUCGAGCAAGUUGAUAAAAAUGUGUGAAAAAUAAACGUGCAUUGAAUAUUUUUGUGAUUUUCUUUUCUGUUACUGGUUAACAAAGCUCUGUGGAAGAACUCGGGGCUCUAGUGGGGGAUUGACGUACAAUCAUAGAUCUGCAUUGUGCAUCUAAGAAAAACAUUUGUAGCAGCAAAUAUAAAAAAAAAAAAAAAACAAGAUGUUUCAUUUUUUCAUGUGAAGACCUGAAACAUUAUUUCAUUUUUUUAUGUUUUCAUUUUUUGGUGUUCAUUUGCACUGAUAUCUCAAAAAUAAAGUACUAAAAUGCAUGA